AUGAGCGGACGAGCGGCGCGGCCGGCGCGCUACCGCCCCGGCAAGGCGCCUGCGCCUGAGCGCGAUGAGUCGUCGGACGACGAUGCGCCGGAGCCUGUGGCCGCGGCGCCUGCGCCUGAGCCGAAGCUACCGAGUCAUACGACGGUGCCGGCCGUAUUCUCGGCAGGCGUCACGAUCCAGCAAGGCGACGAAGCGAUUCGGUUUCCGCACGGCAAGGCGGACGCACAGGAAGCGCCUGCGCCCGAUGUCGACUUGAGCGAAUAUGAAACGGAUACCGAGGACGAGGCAGAGCCUGCGCCUGAGCCUGCGCCUGCGCCCGCACCCGCGCAGCCUGCGAUGCGCCCGAUUACCGCGAGCCGGCCGCCCCCACGCGCGCCUGCGGCAGUGACGCUCCAAGCGGCGACCGUCGCGCCCGAGAGCGAGUCGGAGGAAGAGACCGAGAGUGAGAGUGAGAGCGAGAGUGAGAGCGAGGACGAGCCCGUAAUGCUCAAGCCCGUCUUUGUGUCCAAGCGCAACCGAGCCGAGGCGCCUCCUCCCUCUCUCGAUACCACGGCCCAGCGUGCGUCCGAUGCGGCUGAGCGUAAAAAAGCCGCGCACGAUCUCGCGGCGGAACGUGUGCAGCGCGAGCUCCGUGAGCAGAAGCACGAGGAGGAGACGGUCGACGUGGACGAUACCGACGAUCUCGACCCUGACGCGGAGUUUGCCGCGUGGCGUCUUCGCGAGCUGGGCCGGAUCCAGCGCGUGCAGACCGAAGAGGAGACGCGGCGCAAAGAGCAGGAAGAGGUCGCGCGGCGGCGUGCGCUCCCCGAGUCGCAGCGCCUCAAGGAAGAUAUGGAGCACGCGCGGCGCACGCGCGAGGAGAAGCGCAAAGGGCACCAAGGUUUCCUGCAAAAGUUCCACCACAAAGGCGCGUUCUACCAGGACAUGGAUAUCCUGCAGCGCGACUAUACCGAGUCGACGCCCGACGCGGUCGACAAGUCGGCGCUGCCCAAGAUCAUUGGACGUACGUAUCCCCCAUUUUGA